GAGUGCACAAUAAAUUAAAUUAUUCCAACACAAUCAUAAACUAUUACAGCCACUUUUAACAAUGAUCACAACCUAACAUAACAAGGACACAAGGUGAGUUAAAAGGUGAGACAAUUGAUUUCAAUUUCAAAAUGCUUAAACCUAAUAAUUAUUAACUCAAAACAUAAAAAUUAAAUUUCGUUAAUUAGAUAUCCUAGAAGCAAUUAUCCCUCGUAUACGUAUCAUCAAAGAAAUUAUAUAAGAACUGUUUAUUACUGACUACAUAUAUAUUUACAUAAUUCAAACAUAAUAGAUUGAUAAUAACUAAUAAACCAAGAAUCCAGUUAGAAUAGGCCACCUGUCAACCAAGGUCAAAAGAGUAAAUUGCUACAGAAGAACCUCGUAAGACUCAUCUCUCCGGUUAAUGGAACCUGUAUAAAAUGGCCCUCGGCUCAACCUCAGCCAUCAUCACCUUGUCUAUUGCUCUCCAAAACUGAACCAGAAAUAUCAUGGCCUAUCCGCAUGAAAUAGAAGUAACCCUCACCACCGCCACGAACCUCAAAAACGUGAACUGGCGCUACGGUCCGAUCAGGCCCUACGUCGUCGUUUGGGUUGACCCAAAUUACAAAUUUUCCACUAAAGUCGACGCGGAAGGUGACACCAGUCCCACCUGGAACGAAACUCUCGUCCUCCCUCUCUCUGCUCCCAUCGACGACGAUACAACCCUCUUCAUCGACGUCGUACACGCCGGCUCCGAGGAAGACACCAAGCCUCUCAUCGGCUCAGCUAAGCUCAAGCUCCGUGAAGUUCUCGAUGACGCCGGCUUCGGUGAACGCCACAAGAAAACACUCCAGCUGAAACGUCCCUCCGGGAGGCCGCAAGGCAAAGUUGACGUCAAGGUUUUGAUCAGAGAGUCACGGUAUCACGAGCCUGAUCCGUACCGUGCAACUCUCUACCAGGUCCCAACAUCACCGGCAGCUCCGCCAGCUUAUGGUUACCCGUACGGUCAACCGCCGCGAAAUCCUUACUAUGCAUCUCCACCAGCUGCCUACCCCUACAGUGGUUACAAUUACAACGUCCCGCCGCCGUACGGUCAGGCUCCAUUGAGCAUGGGAAAUGGAGGGUAUACUUAUUACGGGCAAGAGGAGAAGAAGAGUAAGUUUGGAGGGAUGGGAACAGGGUUGGCGGUGGGUGCGGUUGCAGGGGCAUUGGGUGGACUGGCGUUAGCAGAAGGUGUGGAUGCGGUGGAGGAUCAUAUCGUAGAUGAGGUGGCGGAGAAGGUUGAAGACGAUCUUGGAUACGACGACGUUGGUGGUGCUGAUGAUUUUUAAAUUCUCUAGACAGUUCUCCACGUUUCUACCUAGUGUUAAUUAACUGAUGUCGUCACAAGUUGAAUGUAAUAUAUUGUAAAAAGAACAUUUGAUGUAUUGACGUGUCACCGUUGGGUUGGUUUUAUGGAUGUUGUCUUUGGGAGUGCAUGGGCCAUGACAUUUGCAGUAAGCAGUUGUUAUUGACGUCAUGCUUUUCUUAAUGGUGGGUUGAAAUGCACGCAGUGUUUUUUUUUUUACAGCUCACACGUCGAGUAAAUUAUGCUGUAAACAUUAUUACGCGUCCAAAUUUCGAUUAAAUUAAUAGGCUUAACCAAUUUAAUUUGAUUAA